UUUGAGGAAUAGAAAAGAAUGUGACAUUCUUCCUUGUUAUUUUCUUAAAUCAUGGUUACCAAAUACCAAUCGAAGCUGUAUAUAUAUUUCAGCAAUAUUUAGUUUUUUGUUUUUUAAUAUUUAGAUGGGGAAAAAAGGAAUUGGGGAUUGUUUUGCCAUAUUGAAAAGGUUUAGGACUUAAUUAACAAUUAAUCCCUAUUUUGGCGACUGAUGCGAUAUGAUCGUCAUCACUCGACUCGACUUCACUCUUCCCUUAAAGUUUUGAUCGGUUUCUAAUUUCUCGACGAACGAAUGAAGUAAACUGCCGACAAAUAGUGAUUUUCGUAAAGGGAUCAGUGUGUCCUGGUGGAAGAAGAUGAUACAUUUGGCUGGGUUUACAUGUUGCUUAGGCGGCGUCGCUCUUUAUCUUCUCAGCCGGAGAACAGGCAGAGUUGUCAAAUCAAUCACUAAGGUUUACAACCUCAAGGAUUUGGAACAAUUGGUAGAAGGAGAGAGCAAGGUGUUACCUUUGGUCAUAGUAUCAGGAAGUGUUGGCUCUGAGACACCUAUUAAGUGUGACCAUAGCGACCUACUCGGUGUUUUUGUCAAGAAAACGGCAGAACAACAGGUUUUAAGACGUAACUGGAGGUUUUCAUGGGUUCAAGAUAGUACAUUUAUGCAGCCCAUGACUAAGGAAUUCCCGUGGUAUCUGGAAGAUGGGACAGGUUGUGUGGAUGUAGCUGUAUCUCAAGGUGAAAUAGGCUUGGCGUUGACGGUUGGAAGUGAUGUAUUCGAAAAGUCAGAGCCGGUAUCGCUUGUUCAAAGAACGUUGGAUUAUCUUAAAGGCCUUCAGAUACUUGGGGUAAGACGCAUUGAGCGUAUUGUCCCAAUUGGUACACCGCUUACAGUUGUUGGUGAGGCUGUUAAAGAUGACAUGGGGAAUGUCAGGAUUCAAAAACCUGAGCAAGGACCUUUCUACGUCUCUUAUAUACCGCUCGAUCAGCUCUUCUCUAAAUUGGGAGAAUGGUCAAGGAGGUUUAAGUAUGCCUCCAUGGGUUUAACUGUUCUUGGUGUGAUUCUUCUUACAAAGCCUGUGAUUAAAUAUACUCUAAAGAGUAUUGAAUAUAUUCGAGAGAGAAGGUUGCGGCAGCGGCAGACGAAGUUAGUUGUUGAUACAGCUCCUACUCCUAGGAGAGCCGAACCUAAUAGCUUUGGUGGUACAAGCAGAGAUAGCGAUACACCUGAUAUUUGUGUGGUUUGCCUUGACCGGAAGUAUAACACCGCUUUUGUUCAGUGUGGUCAUAUGUGCUGCUGCAUAACAUGCGCCUCGCAACUGAGGACCUGA